GUGGAGAUCACGACUGAGCGCAGUAUUUAAUGGAAUCUCAAGAGAACAACAAUGUCUAUUGUGUGUUGUGUGCGCAGUUUAUUUUGAAGACAAACGUAUAAAGUUCUGUUCUCAGAUCAAUAACGAACCAAAUUAGAAUCAACAAUAGAUUUAAAUAAUCCUGGAAGGAUGAAACAAAGAAUUAAAUUCCACAAACAUGCCAGUGACGCUUCCAUUUGGUAUCUGAAUGAGUUGGGGAGUCAAGUGGUCGCUAAAACUGGCAUACCCUCAGACAGACAUCAUCUCGGCAAACUCAUCUUGCACAGCCUUAAAGAUACUCCGAGUAAUGUAAUGCAGAUCGAUGGUGGUACUGGAGAAACAGAAACAUUUCAAGAUGCAUUGGAACGAUCAGUGGGUUGUGCGAAUGCUUUCCGAAAGUUUGGAUUGAAGGGCGAUGACGUCAUUCUCAUUAUGGCGCCGAAUUGUAUCCACUUGACUACAUCUAUGUACGCUGCCUUCUAUUUAGGCUUGAUUGUUGCAGGUGUCGACAGUACUCUUGGAAUCAAGGAGCUACAAGAUGCCUUCGAAAUAUGUUUACCAAAAGUAAUAUUCUGUCUAAGUGAAAGAGAAAGAGAUGUCGAGGAAGUGAUAAAGAAGAUGAAUUUAGACACAACUAUAGUGACGUACAACAAAGGAGGAAAAUGUGACUUUAUGGAGUUCAUACAUAAAUAUGGAAGGGAAACAUCUGUGGAGGAUUUUAAGCCAGCAGACUUUGAUCCGGAGGAGAGAACCUGUUUACUAAUUUCUACAAGUGGGACCACUGGUACACCUAAAUGUGCUGCGCUCACACAUAAAAACCUUAUGUAUGGUCUACCCUAUGUAUGGAUGAUAACUUCUAAGUUCCCGUCACCAGUUGAUAGAGUUCUGAUAGUAUCGCCAGUGCAAUGGCUGUCAGCGAUAUUCAGUUUUAUUCUAUCGCCUAUGAUGAAGUUUACGAGAAUACAAACAUCUCUGCCAACCACAUCAGAACACACGUAUGAUCUUAUCAACAAAUAUAAGCCAGAAUUCAUGAUAAUCAGUCCGACAAUGGCAAUAUCAUUGACAAAGCGUGAAACGCGUAAUAAAUGUGACUUUUCAAGUUUCAAAUAUAUAGUGGUAGGGGGCAGUGCUGUACCUCAAACGUUGGUAGAUGAUUUAAAGGUGAUAACACCGGAAACGGAAACAUUCGUAGCAUAUGGUUGCAGCGAAAUCGCUGGCCUUGCUUUUAACCUCGUCUCGGCUUUCCCAGGCUCUAUCGGUAGACCAAUGCCCCAUCUUGAAAGUCGAUUAAUUGAUCCGGAGACCCAGAAAGAUAUCUUGGAACCAAAUGUAACUGGUGAGCUUUGGCUGAAAGGACCUGUUACUUUUAAGGGUUACUAUAAAAAUCCACAAGCAACAAAUGAAACAUAUGCUGAAGAUGGUUGGCUUAAAACAGGUGACCUUCUGUACAGAGACGAGAACUGGAACUUCUUUUAUGUCGAUCGUCUGAAGAUGCUCCUCAAAUAUCGCAAUCAUCACAUAUCACCUACGGAGGUAGAAUCAGUGAUUAUCAAGCAUCCAGGUGUCCUGGAUGUGGCAGUCACAGGGAUCCCGGACGAUGAAUGUGGGGACCUGGCUGUCGCUUGCGUCGUUCCCCAACACAACACAACAGUCACCGCGCAGGAGAUAAAGGAUCUGGUUAAAGAAUCACUGGCAGACACCAAACAGCUAAGAGGUGGAGUUAUUUUCAUGAAAGAACUUCCUUUGACGUCGACUUCCAAAGUGAACAGAGCCAUGUUGAAGAAGUUGGCAAAAAGUAUGACAAGAGAAUAAACAACAAAAACAGCUUAACUAUAUUAAAAUAAGGAAGACUUGAGAAAAAAGUUAAGUAAAAUUGCCACUGAU